AACUUACAAAUGCAAGGAACUCUGAAAGUGUGCAGUACCACCGGGUCAGAAGAGAAAACCGAGGGACCCGAAAUAUGCUUUAAUUAAAUUUUCUUUGAAAAUGUCACUGGAAAGAUCAUCUUGGGAAGACAGCCUGGCUGACCGCCGUGUGAAGGGCAAGCCACUCUGGCCGAGAGGAAGCCCCACACCUAGGCUCUCCCCAAACCGGCCCCUGCCGGGGCAUCCCCCUAAGCUUCGGGUCCCUCCUCGGAAAUGGGACCCUCUCUGGGCCGCCUCCCAGCGGUGGUAGCGGGAGCAAACGACACCAGAUUUGAAAGAAGCCAACACUAAACCACAAAUAUAGAGGAAGAAGGCCUUUUUCUCAAACAAGAGUCAGUCUUUAACAAAAUUACCAUGGUUGACACAGAGAUGCCAUUCUGGCCCACCAACUUUGGGAUCAGCUCCGUGGAUCUCUCCGUAAUGGACGACCACUCCCACUCCUUUGACAUCAAGCCCUUCACUACUGUUGACUUCUCCAGCAUUUCUGCUCCACAUUAUGAAGACAUUCCAUUCACAAGAACAGAUCCGAUGGUUGCGGAUUAUAAGUAUGACCUGAAACUUCAAGAGUACCAAAGUGCAAUCAAAGUGGAGCCUGCUUCUCCACCUUAUUAUUCUGAGAAGACUCAGCUCUACAAUAAGCCUCAUGAAGAGCCUUCCAACUCCCUCAUGGCAAUCGAAUGUCGUGUCUGCGGAGAUAAAGCUUCUGGAUUCCACUAUGGAGUUCAUGCUUGUGAAGGAUGCAAGGGUUUCUUCCGGAGAACAAUCAGAUUGAAGCUUAUCUAUGACAGAUGUGAUCUUAACUGUCGGAUCCACAAAAAAAGUAGAAAUAAAUGUCAGUACUGUCGGUUUCAGAAAUGCCUUGCAGUGGGGAUGUCUCAUAAUGCCAUCAGGUUUGGGCGGAUGCCACAAGCCGAGAAGGAGAAGCUGUUGGCGGAGAUCUCCAGUGAUAUCGACCAGCUGAACCCAGAGUCCGCUGACCUCCGGGCCCUGGCAAAACAUUUGUAUGACUCAUACAUAAAGUCCUUCCCGCUGACCAAAGCAAAGGCGAGGGCGAUCUUGACAGGAAAGACAACAGACAAAUCACCAUUCGUUAUCUAUGACAUGAAUUCCUUAAUGAUGGGAGAAGAUAAAAUCAAGUUCAAACACAUCACCCCGCUGCAGGAGCAGAGCAAAGAGGUGGCCAUCCGCAUCUUUCAGGGCUGCCAGUUUCGCUCCGUGGAGGCUGUGCAGGAGAUCACAGAGUAUGCCAAAAGCAUUCCUGGUUUCGUAAAUCUUGACUUGAACGACCAAGUAACUCUCCUCAAAUAUGGAGUCCAUGAGAUCAUUUACACAAUGCUGGCCUCCUUGAUGAAUAAAGAUGGGGUUCUCAUAUCCGAGGGCCAAGGCUUCAUGACAAGGGAAUUUCUAAAGAGCCUGCGAAAGCCUUUUGGUGACUUUAUGGAGCCCAAGUUUGAGUUUGCUGUGAAGUUCAAUGCACUGGAAUUAGAUGACAGCGACUUGGCAAUAUUUAUUGCUGUCAUUAUUCUCAGUGGAGAUCGCCCAGGUUUGCUGAAUGUGAAGCCCAUUGAAGACAUUCAAGACAACCUGCUACAAGCCCUGGAGCUCCAGCUGAAGCUGAACCACCCUGAGUCCUCGCAGCUGUUUGCCAAGCUGCUCCAGAAAAUGACAGACCUCAGACAGAUUGUCACGGAACACGUGCAGCUACUGCAGGUGAUCAAGAAGACGGAGACAGACAUGAGUCUUCACCCGCUCCUGCAGGAGAUCUACAAGGACUUGUACUAGCAGAGAGUCCUGAGCCGCUGCCAACAUUUCCCUUCUUCCAGUUGCACUAUUCUGAGGGAAAAUCUGACACCUAAGAAAUUUACUGUGAAAAAGCAUUUUAAAAAGAAACGGUUUUAGAAUAUGAUCUAUUUUAUGCAUAUUGUUUAUAAAGACACAUUUACAAUUUACUUUUAAUAUUAAAAAUUACCAUAUUAUGAAAUUGCUGGUAGUA